GUAUAAUUUUAUUCAAAUCUGGAUAAUUUACCAACCUUACCAGCCUCAACCCAUCUAGGGUGCCAAGCGACCACAUCCACUGUCAUGAACUAGUCUGGGGCAAAAUGCUUUUGGUAGAAUCCUUACCAUGGUCUGAAAUUCAGUGCAAUCUAAUUUUAUAAAGAUUACACACUUUGUUUUUAUUUUAUGUCACAUGAAGAUUAUUUUAAAGAUGAUAGUUCUCAUGUAUUCUAUCAUUUAAAUGAUUAUGCAAAACUAAGGCAAUGUAUUUUUAUCAUUUCUAUCACUCUGAUGUUGUUUGUCUACUGUGUUUGUGUUAAGCUAGUAAACGUUUGAGCAGUAUGGCCAGUGAGUGCACAGAGGAGCUAAAACUGGCUGUGGCCUGGAACCGAAUAGACACUGCAAAAGCUGAGCUCUUCAAUGGAGACAUACAGUGGAAGUAUGAGGACCUUGAGGACUCCAUGACAGAUGCUUUGAUCAAUAAUAAGCCCCAGUUUGUGCGUCUCUUCUGUGAGAAUGGUCUCAACAUCCUGAAUUAUUUGACAAAUAAUCGCUUGGAGAGCUUGUAUCGCUCACUGUCAGAUAGCUUGCUGGCAUACAUUCUACUCCAGAGGCAUCUGAGUGAAAGAAAGACCCUGGCUGGAUCUCAGCUCUCUGUGGAUGGAGCUGCACCAGGUGCCAUGGAGACUUUCCAUAUGGAAGUAAACACAAGUGCUUCAGCAAUGGAUCUUAGUUUGUUUGAGGUAUCCCGCCUGCUGCAGGAUCUCUUAGGUGACGUCUGUGAGCCUUUCUACUACGGGGCUCUGGGUCUUGACCCCAGGAUGGGCACUAGAAGAGCACUGAAGCAAGUCAACAAAAUUCUGCAGGGGGAAUGUACAUAUCGCAACCAGCAGUGCCUCUCACCCUGGGCAGCUCUCUUCAUUUGGGCUGUUUUACAGAACCGCAGUGAAAUGGCUAUAUACUUCUGGGAAAUGGCAGGGGAGUCUGUGCUAAGUGCUCUUGGUGCCUGUAAGAUUCUGAGGGAGCUUUCCAAGCUGGAGAAUGAGACAGAGAGCAAGCUGGCCAUGAAAAAAUUGGCACAGAGGUUUGAGAACCUGGCAAAUGAUGUAUUUGGUGAGUGUUACCAAAGCAGUGAGAGCCGCUCCUUCACACUCCUUAUAAGGAAGUCUCCUGUGUGGGGCGGGGCUACAUGUCUGGAGAUGGCCACAGCAGCCGAUGCCCGACUGUUCUUCAGUCAUGAUGGUGUUCAGUCUCUGUUGUCUGAGAUAUGGUGGGGUGACAUGGAGAGGUCUACCGAGGUCUGGAAGCUGAUUCUCUCUUUCUUCAUGCCUCCACUCAUCUACACCAACCUGAUCAGCUUCAGGGAACCAGAAGAGGAGAUGAAACCUUCCGCAGAUCACCACAUCAGAGACAACGACAGCGUAGGGGGGAAUGAUGCCACUGACUUCUCCAUUGCCGACAUCAUACAAAAUGAGGAAGAAAUGGAAGAAUUGAAGACCCAGAGGGAAAACUUAAAAGGCAGCUCUAUGCAGACUAAUUCCAAAAGACCGUUUAUCGUGUCAAGGUGGAGGCAGUUUUGGUAUGCGCCUGUGACCUCAUUCCUGGGCAAUGUGCUGAUGUACUUCCUGUUCCUUUGCCUGUUUGCCUAUGUUCUGUUGGUGGACUUCAAAAGUCCUCCCCCGGACGGCCCCUCCUCUCUGGAAUUUGUGCUUUACUUUUGGGUCUUCACAUUAGUAUGUGAAGAGAUCCGACAGACCUCUUUGGGGGGCAGUUUAUUUUUGCUCCAAAGGAUGAAGAAGUAUAUUCAGGAUCACUGGAACAAGUGUGACCUCACAGCUAUUCUUCUUUUUCUUUUGGCUCUAAUCUGCAGAAUGUUUCCUUGGUCAUUCAAUGUUGGACGAGCUGUUAUGGCCAUAGACUACAUGGUCUUUACACUUCGUCUGAUCCAUAUCUUUGCCAUCCACAAGCAACUUGGACCCAAAAUCAUCAUUCUUGGAAAAAUGGUGAAAGAUGUUUUCUUUUUCCUUUUCUUCCUGGGUGUUUGGCUGAUGGCCUAUGGCGUUGCCCAUCAGGCACUCCUCUUUUCAUAUGACCCCCGGUCUAAGUGGAUUUUCCGCAGAGUGUUCUACAGGCCAUACAUGCACAUAUUUGGACAAAUCCCUGUUCAUGAAAUGGAUACCGACAAACUGGAAGAACUGAGCUGCACAUAUAACCAUUCAGAAAUUGAGGCAGGAGCAGAACCCUGCAUGAGUACCUAUGCAAACUGGCUGGUUGUAAUCCUCCUUGUUAUCUAUCUGCUGUUUACCAACAUAGUGCUGGUCAACCUACUCAUUGCCAUGUUCAGCUACACCUUUUCCAAAGUUCAGGGGCACAGUGACAUCUACUGGAAAUUUCAGCGUUACAACCUCAUUGUGGAGUACCACUACAGACCCUGUCUGGCACCACCAUUCAUCAUCUUCUCCCAUCUUCACAUUCUUAUCAAGAGACACAUCCGUCAAAUUCCUUCUGCCAAGAGUCAGCACUUUGCUAUGGAGCUGCAAGGCAGGAAGGCAAGCCGUCUGAAUACAUGGGAGGCUGUGCAAAAAGAGAACCUCUUGUCUGCUCAGAAUAAGCAGCAGAGAGAGAGUGACACAUCACGACUUCAGCGGACUUCUGUUAAGUAAGUUGUCGCUUGGAUUAAAAUAUAAAC